GCUCUGGGGCUCAUCUAUAAUUGCUCGAGUACACCCUUCCGGGGUAUUUUUGGUGAAAACUGGGUGUGGGGGCUGGGUUUGUGAAGCGACCCCCCCCCUGGUAACCUUGUGCCCUGAGGGGAAAUCGGUUCCCAGUGACAAUGUUUCGAUUUUGAGAACCGAUUGUGUUGGGAGUCAGUCGGAGGAUGCCCCUCAGCCCUCCCUUGCGGAGGCUCGGAAAGUGCCUCUCCUCAUGGGUCUGCCACCACGCGUGGCCUCCUCUCCACGUUGUCCACGUCCCCCUUGAAGUGCAGUGCCGACACGUGGCGGCCCGAGCGGCGCCGUGUGGCGGGGGACCAUCACCCCCUGCACCCCUGCGGGAGGCACCCGCCCAAGGACGACACCGUGACCAGGGGGGGUCUGGGCCAGGCUGCGGCCUACUGCGGGCCCCCAAGCCUGAGUGGGAGUAGUUCCGCGUCACGUGGCCGCAGGAUGGCGGCAAUACUUCAAAGGGGGCGGGGCCCGCGCAGGAAGUUCCGGGUCGGAGGUGGGCGCGGGGCGGAAGCGGGGCGGCAUGUCAGCCAUCGGGGCGCUGGAGCCGGUGCGCGGGGCCGGGGCGGGCGGCGUGUUCCGGCCCCUCAGCGCCGAGGACGACGAGCAGCAGCCGGCAGAGAGGGAGUCCCUCUGCAUGAACUGCUACCGCCACGGGGUGACGCGGCUGCUGCUGACCCGGAUCCCGUUCUUCCGCGAGGUCAUCGUCAGCUCCUUCGCGUGCGGCAGCUGCGCCUGGGCCAACACGGAGAUCCAGUCGGCCGGGCGCAUCCAGGAGCAGGGGGUGCGCUACGUCCUGGCCGUCGCGGCCCGGCAGGACAUGAAUAGGGAGGUGGUGAAGACCGACUGUGCCACAGCUAGGAUCCCAGAGCUCGACUUUGAAAUCCCUGCUUUUUCACAGAAGGGAGCUCUUACCACCAUCGAGGGGAUAAUUGACAGAGCUGUAGCUGGCCUGGAGCAGGAUCAGCCAGUCCGCAGGGCAACAGACCAAGAGGUUGCAAAUAAAAUAGAUGAGUUCAUUGACAAGCUAAAGCGGCUAAAGGAGGUGGAUUCCUCUUUCACCUUUAUCCUUGAUGACCCCUCAGGUAACAGCUUUGUGGAGAAUCCCCAUGCACCACAGAAGGAUGAAGCGCUGGUGGUCACUCAUUACAAGAGGACUCCCCAGCAGGCUGCGAUGCUUGGACUUGAGGCAGAUGAGCCAGAGGAGAAGCCAGUUGACUCUGUGGAGGACCUGAGGAAUGAAGUGUUGCAGUUCAACACCAAUUGUCCUGAAUGCAACGCUCCUGCCAAUACAAAUAUGAAGCUAGUACAAAUUCCACAUUUCAAGGAAGUGAUCAUCAUGGCUACGAACUGUGAGGUUUGUGGGCACAGGACAAAUGAGGUGAAAUCUGGAGGAGCGAUAGAACUAGAGGGAACCAGGAUCACCCUUCAUAUCACAGAUCUCUCUGACAUGACGAGAGACCUUCUCAAGUCAGAGACGUGUAGUGUGGAGAUUCCAGAGCUGGAGUUUGAGCUGGGAAUGGGGGCCCUGGGGGGGAAAUUCACCACUCUGGAAGGGCUCCUGAAGGACAUCAGAGACCUGGUGCAGAAGAACCCCUUCACGCUUGGGGACAGCUCUGCCCCAAGCAAAGUGGAGAAGCUGCAGGAGUUUGGCAGAAAGCUGCAGCAGAUCAUGGAGGGGCAGAUGGAGGCUCACUUCAUUAUGGAUGAUUCUGCAGGGAACAGCUACCUUCAGAACGUGUAUGCUCCGGAGGAAGACCCAGAGCUGAAGGUGGAGCACUACAAGCGCACGUUUGAGCAGAACGAGGAGCUGGGUCUCAAUGACAUGAAGACGGAGGGCUAUGAGGCAGGGCAGACUGCGGACCGGUAGCAGCACAUGGAAGAUGGAAGUCAAGCUGGCUUAACUAAAUGAUUGUUGUUUGACUCGAGUGGAGGAGCUGGAUUGUCCAGCACUUGAGCUGUGCUUUUUCUUUAGGCAGCCUGAGGGCUUGCUCCUUUUUACCUUUUUGAAAGCGGACAGCUGGGCAUGUCCUGUGAGGUAAACACAAAAGACAUUUGGAGUCUGUCGACGUCCUUAUUGCAGAGACCUGUUUACACUUUUCCUUAUGCAACUGUAAUCUAGAUGUCUGGGUUUUUGAUUCUGUUCUUGUCAACCAUAUUGCCUUGAGCUGCACCAGCAAGGGUUAAUGGGACCCUUCCCCCGCAAGGGGUGGCGUGGGGUCCCUGUUUUGCUGCUGGUAUUGCUACUGGCAGCCCAGUUCCUAUUUGAAAAAGUAACCACUGUCGCCUUCCCUAUGCCGUGUUCCACUGUACAGUCCUAAGUAACAUAAAUAAAGUGGCUUCACCAAGU